UGAGGACAAGAAAAUAAUACAGCAUGUUGAGUUACCAGAAGUUAUAAACGAGCUAUCAAUAACACUACGAUUAAAUAUUCAGAAUCAUAAUCCAGAUUGGGCUUGUAUUUUUCAUAAAGGCGAGGAUGCACACGAAGCUCGUACGCCCGCACUCUGGCUGACACCAAAAAAUUCGGCACCACAUCCACGAUUCUCAAUGACCAAUAAUUGGAAUGAAGGAAUCGGUUCUGUCGGCAGCGGACUUUCUCUAAACAGAUGGUAUCACCUAGCCUACACACUCUCUGAUUCAAAGAAGCGAUUAGAUUUUUACAUAGAUGGAAAAUGGAUCGGAUUCUAUAGCAUCCAACAAGUUCAGACGCAACAAAUCAUAUUCAAUCAUGAACCGUUGUACAUCGGAGCAGAUAAAAUCUGGAGUGGGAUCACUGGCCAAAUUGGUAAUUUUCGUUAUUAUAACUGGCGUUUAUCUGCUGAAGAAGUGACAGAAGAAUAUUUGAAACAUAUCAACUAUACUAAUUACGCCAAUACCAUUGACUAG